AAACCUCUUCCAGUCACUCUCCCAGAGUGACGGAAAUGCAGAAAUCUGUAUUCCAGCCUCAAUUCAAGACAGCCUUCUAGCUGCAAUCCCAUUUUCCCAACAUUUCAUCACUCAAACACUCUUAUUUAAAAAAUACUUCAGUUCCUUAGUCUUCUCAGUACAACUAAACCACACAGCUGUGGCAUGGUUGAAAAAGAAAAACAAAAAACUCGAACAUCCAGGAGCUCCCCUGCUUUGAGGGCAAAUUUAAAUUGCAAGCAGUGAGGUAAGGAAAGGCCAGGUAUUUUUGCAAAGUUAAGUUUCUCCUAAUUAGUAAUCUUCUGGGUAUCUAAGAAAAACUUUAGAUACAAGAAGGGGUGAAGUUUAUCUCAGGAGAGUCUUCUGGGAGAGACGAUGACGAACCGAACUCGAAGGUUUUAGAAGGGGCGCAACACUUCAACGGUUGUCCCUCCUGACUCAGGGAAUUGCUGGCCGCACCCAAGCGAGUUCCCGCCCCCGGCUCCACCCACCGCAGGAGGAAAGGUCAGUAGCUCGCAGCGUCAGGGUAAGAAAACAGGAGUCCCGCGAAACUUCCGUCCUCCCUGGGUCCCAAGGGGGUGGACCCAAGGCCCAGAGGCGUCACCGGAAGUGACGCAAGACGCGCCCUCCAUUUUGUGGAGCGCUAGAGCAGCUAAGUGCGUCAGUUGUGGAGAGACGUAGACGAGUGAAGUCCUGGUUUGCGUGGAGGCCGAGGACUCCGUCGCAGACUACGGACCUGUCUGGGUCUUGGCCGCCAAAGACUCCGUCCGGUAGAAAAUACUAGCCGGACAUCAUGAGUGGCUGUCGAGUAUUCAUCGGGAGGCUAAAUCCAGCGGCCAGGGAGAAGGACGUGGAAAGAUUCUUCAAGGGAUAUGGACGGAUAAGAGAUAUUGAUCUGAAAAGAGGCUUUGGUUUUGUGGAAUUUGAGGAUCCGAGGGAUGCAGAUGAUGCUGUGUAUGAGCUUGAUGGAAAAGAACUCUGUAGUGAAAGGGUUACUAUUGAACAUGCUAGGGCUCGGUCACGAGGUGGAAGAGGCAGAGGACGGUACUCUGAUCGUUUUAGUAGUCGUAGACCUCGAAAUGAUAGACGAAAUGCUCCACCUGUAAGAACAGAAAAUCGGCUUAUAGUUGAGAAUUUAUCUUCAAGAGUCAGCUGGCAGGAUCUCAAAGAUUUCAUGAGGCAAGCUGGGGAAGUAACGUUUGCGGAUGCACAUCGACCUAAAUUAAAUGAAGGGGUGGUUGAGUUUGCCUCUUAUGGUGAUUUAAAGAAUGCUAUUGAAAAACUUUCUGGAAAGGAAAUAAAUGGGAGAAAAAUAAAAUUAAUUGAAGGCAGCAAAAGGCACAGUAGGUCAAGAAGCAGGUCUCGAUCCCGGACCAGAAGUUCCUCUAGGUCUCGUAGCCGAUCCCGUUCCCGUAGUCGCAAAUCUUACAGCCGGUCAAGAAGCAGGAGCCGGAGCCGGAGCCGGAGCAAGUCCCGUUCUGUUAGUAGGUCUCCCGUGCCUGAGAAGAGCCAGAAACGUGGUUCUUCAAGUAGAUCUAAGUCUCCAGCAUCUGUGGAUCGCCAGAGGUCCCGGUCCCGAUCAAGGUCCAGAUCAGUUGACAGUGGCAAUUAAACUGUAAAUAACUUGCCCUGGGGGCCUUUUUUUUAAAAAAAAAAAAACCAAACAAAAACUACAAAAAUUCCCAAACCAUACUUGCUAAAAGUUCUGGUAAGUAUGUGCUUUUCUGUGGGGGUGGGAUUUGGAAGGGGGGUUGGGUUGGGCUGGAUAUCUUUGUAGAUGUGGACCACCAAGGGGUUGUUGAAAACUAAUUGUAUUAAAUGUCUUUUGAUAAGCCUCCCGCUCACAUUUUUGUGAAUGUCUGAAGUAUAUAGUUUGUGUAUAUUGACAGAGCUCUUUUAUAACUAAAGCAAAUUUAAUUUUUUUGUACUAGAAAAAUUUGAACAUUUUAGUUCCUGGUUAUUAAAAUAUGUUAAUUCAGAAUUAGUUUAAUGCCUCAGUUAAACUAAUGAAUAGCUUUGGACACUUAAAAGAGCUCUAAAUUUGCUUGUACAUAAAGGCUUAAUUUGUUUUACUUGUUAGGGUCAAGGGUGUCCUCCCACUCAUUAACAGCUGCAGGACAGACAUAAAAGCAGCUGUUUGUUAUUGAUAAUAAAAUAUUAUAAAACUCA